CACAAAACAAAUAAAAAGUGAAGCAAUAACUUUAAUCCAAUUAAACGCUAUUGUUGGGGUGGUUGGCCAUCUGAUGAUACCCUCGCUGUGCAGUGCAGGUCCGUGCGGGGGCCGGGGUGUAACAAGUGGCGGGGCCGGAGUCGCACAUGUGAGCCACCCCCGCUCAUUCAAUCGCCGUUCAUUCAUUCGCUCGCCGGCACUGCGAGUCGGCCGGUUGUUUCGCGUGGGUGCUGCGCCACUUUACGCAGACGAGUUUACGCGCGCAAUUCAAUUUUCAAAAAUAGAAACGUUUAAAAAAUAAAUAAAUAACAGAAAUGCAUAGAGACUAAAAUUGAUUUUCGUAUUUCAAAAUGGGUGAACAAACAUUUAACAUACCGGAUGACAAUUUGGAACACCACAUAGUGACUUUGUUUGAGAAAUUGGAAUGUUUGAGGCGGGAUGGUGGUUCGAACAGUGAUGUUUUAUCUGGCCGGGUGCCUGCUAGGCUGGAAGUGCGGACUCUUUCGUUGUGGAAGGCCGUGGUGGCUGAAUGCGCCGCGUCCUUUCUGUACGUGUUCAUAGUGUGCGGGGCGGCGGGCGGAGCGGGCGUGGGCGCUUCCGCCUCCGCGGUGCUUUUGUCCACCGCUCUCGCUUCCGGCUGUGCCAUAGCCACGCUCACUAUGUGUUUUGCUAAUAUAUCUGGUGCUCACGUGAAUCCGGCGGUUUCGGCAGCGCUGUGCGUACGCAGGCGAGUGUCGCCGCUGCGCGCAGCUCUGUACGUCGCUGCGCAGUGUGGCGGGGCCAUCGCCGGCGCCGCUGCCAUAUAUGGUGUGAGUGUACCAGGAUACGCAGGCAGUCUCUCAGCAUCUCUCCCCGGAGGAGGAGCAGCAGCAUGGGAGCGGCUCGGCGCCGAGCUUGUGCUGUCAGGGCUCGUGGCAGCUGCCUACUUCGCUGCCAUGGAACGUCGGUGGACGGGAUCAGCUCCAGCUCUACUCGGAGCUGCGUACUGCGCCGCCAGUUUUGUUUCUAUGCCGUCACUGAACCCGGCGCGCUCCCUCGGCCCGUCGUUCGUUCUGUCUCGAUGGGAGAGCCACUGGGUGUGCUGGGUCGGCGGUUUGGGUGGCGGGGUGGCCAGCGCGCUCCUGCACGAGUGGGGUUCGCGACGUCGCCGUGACUCGUCAUCACGUGCCUCGUCUCCGAGGGACCUGGACGAGCUGGACAAGCCGACGUUCCCCCCCUCUCAUCACCACUACCGGCCGUCGUACUGCGCGGCGGCUCCGAGACCUGACACGGCUGAGCCGCUUUAUUCCGGCACUAAGUCGCUGUACUGCCGAUCACCGCCGCCCGCUCGGCAUACUUUGCACAGAUCGCAGUCAGUGUACAGCAAGGGCAGCUCAGCAACGAGUGCCGCAACAGCUACCGUUGGAAGUGGCGGCGCGCCGGCGGGCGCGGCGCUCGUUGCGGCGCAGUCGCUCGUGCUGCGGCCGCCCGCGCCGCACGCGCAUUCACACGCGCUUGCGCAUAACCAGAAUGCGCAGAACUCGCAGCGCGACCCGCCCUACGGCACUGCUAAUGGAGUCAGGCCUGGACCGGCAGGCGCGGCUGUAAACGAGAGACGCGAAUCGGUGUACAGCGCGAGCGGGCGACGCGGCGACGACAGCUCGUACGGCACGUACACGCGCUCGGGACACACGCCGCUGGCGCCGCUCGCGCCGCCGUACCGCACGCACGCGCCGCACGCACCGCACGCACCGCACGCACCGCACGCACCGCACACGGCGCAUGCGCACCACCCCGACCACUACUAGCGAAGACCGGAGCGGCACAACAUCGCGCUGCUCUUCGAUGUGUGAGCAUGCGUUGUGUCGUCUUCCACAAGCUGAUUAGUGAACGAACGUUUGUGUUGUCAACAAAGGACUGACAAUCCGGUGUAGCGAUGUACGGAAUCGUGACGUCACGGGAACGAAUGACUUUAUUACCGAAUAAACUUUUUUUAAAACUUGUUGUCGAACAUCUAGCUACCGAACUAGUAGAAUUGACAUUUAAAUUAUUAACCUAUUUGUUAUAAUAUUUAACAAAGUAUCAUGUUGAAAUUUGUAUUUUUACGAAUCAUUAAUAGAUUGACUUUAUUAUGUCAACACUCUUAUUAAAAUAAUAAGCACUUACAUGUUUAGCGAUAAUUACAUGAAACAUUAAAAUGACAUUGAUAUACAUUAUUUAUAUCUCCAAGGCUGUCAAAACCUUCGAUAAAACUAUCAACUUACGCAACGUUUAAAAUUAGGCAGUUACAUUUGAAGUGGUUUAAACUGGUUUAGCUAAACCUAAUAGUAAUAUUCUUACCCCUUUAUUCAUAGACGUUUUUUAUCUAAGGACGGAGAAUUGCUGUGAUAACAAGUCUGUUUCUCAGUGCUGACGGCAUAGCAGCCUUCGCAGUGCAUAGACAUAGGGCAGUUGUGAUUGGCUAAUAUUGUGAUACAACAAUAAAAAACGUCUAUGAAUAAGGGGGUUACUAUAAACUAAAUUUUACCAUAAUCACUAGGAUAUAUUUUCCCGAUCGGUUUUUAAAUAAACUUACGCGUCGCGCAUACGCUAUCAACAAGUUGCCGGAUAAUACAACACUACUACGAAACAUAGUUGCUAAGUUGGCGACGCAAUCGGCAAUUUCGUGGUAACAAGAUAAUAGGUAUGCGUGACGCCUUAUAAAACCCAUAAUUAUUAAUAAAUCAUUUAAAUAACAUAGAUUCCUAAUAAUAUUUAUUAUGGAGUAAUAAAUAAAGCAACAAACUAAGGCAGUAUAGCUCAGGUAUAAGUUGGUCAACAUAGAUCAACUUUAUUAGUGUUUAUGGACGUCAUAUACCAAAUUUUGACUACGAAAUACUAGAUUUAGCCAAUAAUAGUCUAUAAUUACGUAUAACGAGUUAAAAUUAAUUACAAUCGUCAAAAAGUAAUAAUACCCUUUUGCCAGAAUAGUUUUAAAUAAUAAAUUUAUGAUAUAUCUUCUGAUUGGUCCAUUUAUGUUAUCAAUCCGACGGUAGCGGUUAAAAUGGGUCAUAGUAAUCGACCAUGAUCAUAGAUUUCGCAGAUUAGAGGUGACAUUGAGAAAAUUGUCAUACAAAAAUUUUGCCCUCAUGCAAUGGUUACUCAAUCCACUGUGAAAUAGCAAUACACUUAUGUUAAAUACUUUGUACGUUUUUGAUAUGCAUAUUAGCAUAUUGUCUGUAAAUAUAUUUUUUUUAUUAAUAUCCAAGGGCCAUGUGAUAUCUUGUCACACGGAUAUUUCAAAUAAGACAACGACUUUUUACCGAUGGUAAUAUCUUUUGGAACACUAAUUUGGCUCUGAUAUCCGGUCUAUAAGUAACUAUACUUUUUAAUGUCUUUAGCCAUGAUUGAUGAAAAUGAUAUGCAUUAUCGACAAUUUCUAUGUACUGUAGUGUAAUUUACUGUAAAUUGUAUAUUCUAAUAUGAACCAUGAGCGUUGUAUUUAAAGUUAAAUAUGCAUUUACAUUCAUCCAAUUUUGUUAUCUUGUAUAACCGUAUUUGCAUGUAUCACAUUGUUAAUUUUAAGAUGUUUAUAUUAUUGUAAAUAAAAUUUCUAGUAGUUAAGAUUAGAUAGGUAGUAAAUACAUUUGAUUUUGCAAAGCGCUUGAUACUAAUGAGGCCCGAAUUUGUACUGGAAUUUUAAAAAAAUAUUAAUGCUAAUAGUAAAUACCUACUCUAUCACUAAUAUAUUGUUUGAUAAAAAAAUAUCUUCAUUAUAUGAAGUACCUUGAACAGCUCCGAAAGAUAUUAAGGUUCUUGGAUCUUUGCAUCGAAUUCUGAUUUUAGUUUUUGUCUUAUUUACCUACCCCAGGUUUGAUCCAUCAAUAUAAAUGUCAGUUGGCAAACAAAGAUUUUAAAAAAAAGUCGUUAUGAAAUAAAUUUGACAAUAUUUCUUAAUACCGUGUAAUGGAGCUCAAAAUUAAAAAUAUUGAAUUUUAUUGACAGUAAAAAUAAAAAAUAUGUGUUUAAAUUUGUGUUAAAUAGAAGAAAACGUAAAUAAUGUAGAUACGCAAUCCAAAUAUUUUCUCAAAUGUAAAUACUAUGUAAAGUUUGUCUUUGGUUUGGGUGGGGGGUAAGGAAUUAAUUAAAGAUAAUUUAACUAAAAAAAACCCUGGGCAAAGAGACAUCCAUGGUCGCUAUAAUAAGGUUUUUGCCCUAUGUUUAUUUUUGACUUUUAUGAAAUAUUUAAGUCAUAUAAAAUUUAACACAAAAAGAAAGAUUCAAUCGUAGAAACAUUAUUAGACAGAAAGAUUUUUAAAGUUAUCGAGUCAGUUAAUGAAAAUUUUAACAAGAAACCAGGCAAUAAUCAGGCUGGCACACCCCUUCUAUCUUUUGGCUGAGUGGACCAAAUAUUUGCCAAAUAUUACAUUUACCUAUUCAACGUUGUUAAUAUACUUCAAUGUUUGUGCCAUACUUUAUCUUCCAUCUUGACUUAAAGGCGUAAUCUUGUUUUAGUUAGUGUUCAAAUUAAUUUUCUCCGUUGUGUAUUUAAAUCUUUAGAUUUAAGACAAUCUCCAGAAGUUAUCUUCCCUAAGAUAUUUUUAUCAAAUAGACACGACAAGCUGCCUUGUACAAUGAAGUUAGCAGCAUUUGAGGCGAGUCGCAAGUUUAUAUUUAUUGUAAUAUUGUUGCUAGAGUAACUGCCUCGGGAAGAUCUUGCGAAAAAAAUUGCUGCGACAACUUGCUAAUCUAACUUGGCUUCAUAUUUUAUUUUCAAAUUGCGUGGAACUUGUGGCAGCAACUGCAUGUACAAUAUUUCUCGGUUUAAAGUACUAUUGUGUACUUUUCUAAAGUAAAUAGCCUUCAUGCUAAUUCAAAACAUACACUAUCUACCAAUUAACCAAAUCCAUUCAGCCAUUCCUACCUUUACGUUCUAUGUUAUUGUUGCCUUAGCCGGACUAGUUUCAUCUGUGGUCAUAAAAUUAAAGUUGUUACAUUGGACGAGCGCUUUCUUUCGACUCGCUGUGAAUACACAAUUUGCCAGUGUGGUGAGAGCUUUAACUUUACCUAACCACGGAUGAAACAACGUGGCCUUAUUUCGUAAAGAAUAUUUCUUUGUAUUAUUCGAAUGAGGUUGAGGAUAUUAUAGAGCGUUCUAAAAAUACUAAUUUAAUUUAUGGGUAAAAAUUAAUUUACGUAUCAUUGUUUUCGUUGAUUGUCAUAUAUAAUUUAAAAUGUGAUCUAUUCUCCUAAAUACACAAUGACGACUUUUGAACACUUCACUUAUGAAAAACAAGAUUACGUCUAUAUCAAAUCUUUCCUAUUGCUUAUCAAGCUCAAAGACUUACUAGUUUAAAUUUGUAUAUAUGUAGGAUAGUUUUGAAAUGUUGAAAAUGUUACUCAUUUACUGAACUAAGCUGAAGUGUAAAGGCUAUGGCAAUAUCUUUUCAAUAUUCAUGAAGUUAGCUUACUUUACAAUUAACUAUUUGAUUGAAGAGAAAAAUCAUGGUUCCUUCUCGACAGUAAAAACGAGCCAUAAUCGUUAAAGAAUAAUGAAUAACAAUUCAUUCCAUUAUGGGAACUCACUCGUCACUUUAGGACAUCAUUUGGAAACGAUUACGUCACAUAGUAUGUCUGGUUAUAUCAGCAAUUAUUUUGUAGAGCAGCAAAAUUAACUAACACUCAAAAAGUAGAAAAUAACAAUUUAAAAUGUUAAUAAUGGUACAAAUGAAGCAAAGAACUACAGUCCGCGUGCGAGCUUCGAGGAAUCUUAUGGAGUGUUAUCGUUAUGAUUUAAUGCAGUGAUUUUAUUGAUAUUAAGUUCUCAAUCGAAGAAAGGUCAGGCUCUGAAACUGCGAAAUUCAAAUAUUAAGUACGUAUAUAUAAUUAUUUUUUAAUUCGUGAUCCGUUUUUAAAAGAAUUUUUAUAUUGCAGAUAAAGAAUUCAAAUAAUCCAUAUUCUUAAGUAAUAUUCUGAUGUAUUACAAUGGACAGGUUAUUUAAAAGUUGUGCCAUGGCUGCAAAUAUUUCACUUCUUUAAUAAGUCGAUAACUAACUUAUUAUUGUAUUAAUUAGCUCACUUGCACAAACAUAAAAGCUGAGGAAGAGAACGAAAAAUCAUAAGAUUUACAAAAAGAAUAAAAAAAGUAACUGGCAACUAAAUUCAUUUGCAAUCCCUAACCUCGGCUUUUAGUUAGUGUAAGGGAAAGUGACUCAAAGUGGAAUUUUAAUUGUAUAAAUAUUUGGAAUUGUAUAAGUACAGUAUAUCUUACCAAUAAAUAUAAUGAUUUCUAGA